UCCAUGGCAUCCUGUGAAGAUUUAUCCACUACUGUCUCGUUCCUUCUUAAAGCUGCAGCGCUGCACGCUGCGCAACACUCUGCUGACGUGCGACCGCGUUGGAAGGGGUAUCGCUUCCGAGCUUCUUAAAACGUGUAGGCCAGACGCUACAAACUGCGUUUGUCUUGCUGGCACAGGGCAAGGUCUGUACUUAACGCACAGUCGUCAACUAGCAACGCAUCGGCGACUCGUUCCAAUAAGAACGACUUAACUCAUAGUACUAGGAAGAGGCGCUGCAGUAUGUUCCUACGCGCUUCUCAUAAGCAUGGAAGCGCGCUCUUAGCCCAGGUUGCCAGCGUUCUACAAUCGUCCAGGGCACAUGCUGGCCUACCCAGCUUCCUCGACUCGAGGCAAAGCACGCUCGACAAUCCCAGCAGCAGCAACCUAAUACAAUUACGUAGCACACACUCAACACGGACUGAGUCCGAGGCAGCGGCUCGGUCAACCGUCGAUGCCUUCAUGGAAGUUCCAGGGGGCCGCUUACCUUAUACCUCCCAGCUUAAGUUCGUCGGCGGGCCUGACGACCCCACGCCCACAAUCCCCUGCUACCGCACCAUUGACUCGACCGGGCAGGAUGUUCCGGGAGCAGAAGUGCCGUAUCCAUUUGACCAGGACCUGGCUCUGCGCAUCUACACAUCCAUGGCUCGUCUGCAAACCAUGGACACCCUCUUCUAUGAGGCACAGAGACAGGGCCGCUUCUCCUUCUACCUUACCUGCCAGGGCGAGGAGGCCACCAACAUCGGGUCUGCAGCAGGGCUGGACGACCAAGACAUGGUGUUUGCGCAGUACCGCGAGCAGGGUGUGCUGUUGUGGCGGGGAUACAGCCUGGAGCAGUUCGCCAACCAGCUGCUGGGCAACGCACUGGAGCCGGGCAAGGGGCGCCAGAUGCCGAUCCAUUACGGCUCCCCGCAGCUCGCCUACCAGACCAUCUCCUCGCCGCUGGCCACCCAGAUGCCGCAUGCGGUGGGGGCGGCGUACGCGUACAAGAUGGACCGCGUCCCACGGGUCACUGUCACCUACUUCGGCGAGGGGGCCGCCUCCGAGGGCGACGCGCACGCCGCCUUCAACUUCGCCGCCGUGCUGGGUGCCCCCGCCAUCUUCAUCUGCCGCAACAACGGUUACGCCAUCUCCACCCCCGCACACGAGCAGUACAAGGGCGACGGUAUCGCGGGUCGCGGCCCCAUGUACGGCAUCCCCUCCCUGCGGGUGGACGGCGGGGACGUGCGGGCGGUGUACAACGCAGUAGUGGCGGCUCGGCAGCGGGCACUGGGGCUGGGAGGGGGAGGGGGAGGUGGGGGAGGUGGUGGGGGAGGGGCAGGCGAGGGAAACAGCAGUAGUGGAGGCAGCAGCAGUAGUGGUGAGGGUCUGCUGCUGGGAGGUGGUGGUGGUCCGGGUCCGGUGCUGAUCGAGUGCAUGAGCUACCGAUCGGGGCACCACUCCACCAGCGAUGACUCCACGCGCUACCGUACGGGUGAGGAGAUGCGCAGCUGGCGCGCUCGCGACCCCGUCAGUCGCUUCCGGCAGUGGCUGGUGCGGCGGGGCUGGUGGGAGGAGGCGCGGGAGGCGGCGAUCAGGCGGGCGGUGAGGCGGGAGGUGCUGGAGGCACUAGACGCCGCCGCCCGCGUCCCCAAGCCGCCCCUCUCCGACAUGUUCACUGACGUGUACGACAAGAUGCCGCCCCACCUUGCCGUACAGCGGGAGGAGGCGCUGGCGUUCGUACGGCGCAACCCCAGUGUGUGCCCGCCGGACGUGCCGGUGCGAUAAGAGGUGGUGGUGGUAGGGGCUGCUGGUAGCACUGUAAACUGUAAGAGGUGGAAGGGUCAUAGCAUACGAGGUAUAUGUGAGGUUGGUUUGAGGUGGCUGGGGCUGGAUGUGUAUGGCUGUGUAUUAUAAGACGCUUUGGACCUCCUGGGAAUUUUGGCUCCUCCCUCUUUCGUACCACAGCUGGUUUGGAGUGGACCAGAAGCUGUUGCUAUCCCGUAUUUCGAUUGUUAUCGCAGUAAUCUGUAUCAGUAUUCGAAUCUGUACUCGUACAAGUAUUCGUUGUUGUAUUGAGUUGUUGUUGCGUUGCUACUGCAGAACAGGCUCUCAGCCCUGUUGUACCAUUAUCCAUGCAUGAACCCUGCAUGAACUACCGGUACCAAUGAAUGCGCCCUAGCAAAGUGGCCCCACGCCCAACUUCGUUUGCAGGUGUCUCUCGCAUCAUAGGUAGCUAAGGCUUACAUGUCUCUAUGCGUCCUAAACAAAUUGCAAUUGUACGAAUGGUACGAAGGGAGCGUUCGGCAAAUGUACCGGUUGUUGUUGUUGUACGGUAUGGAUUAUUGUUGUACAGUGUAUUUGUACGGGUUCAGUGGUCUUGACGGGUGCACGGAUUGCGCUGCGGACGCUUACAGCAGGCGUUAUUAAGAGCGCCGGGGCGGUGGGGCCUAUGCGUGGUAACGGCCAGGCGAAUGCACAAAACUUUUAGC